AUGAGCUUCUUACGAUUGGCCGCUGUGCUUGCAGCCUGCCUGCCUGUGCGGGGGUUGAUAUCAAAUUCUGCUGGUGGUGGUGCUCAUAGACUUCAGCAAGGAAGCAGACAGGCGCGAACCCCACGCCGCGCUAUCGCUGGUGCAAGCGCGGAUGAAGUGAGAGAGGCUCUCAUCACCAGCGAAGCUUUCAAGGACCUGGUUGAGAGGCUUGAAGAUAGAUCACGCCAAGAGGCUGGUGCCACGGCAACAUCCACCCCUGUCGAUACUUGGCACGAGCAGCACGCGUUUACGGCGGCGCCAGAUCGAAAGGAUGCUGCUGAACACGGAGGAGGCAGCAACGAUCACGCGAAGCAGGCGAACCACGCGCGGAAGAGGAACUCGGAGAAGCUCGCCGGUUUGAGGACGGCUGUACUCGAGAGCCCGAAAGCACGCGAAAUGCGGGAAGCGUUUAAAACGAACAACGGGAAUGCCAUCGGCCGACCAAACGGCUCUACACCCCCGACCCCGCCAUCGACCGCUCCUGCUAGUGCUUCCACUGGUGACGUCGCUGCUGCUAUCUCGGCUCCCGCUUUGGGCACUGAGCAACAAGGCACGGUCGAGAAGCAGCUCCGGGCGGAAGAGCACAGCUCGACCGCUGCUGCUGUGGUGGCCGACGGGGAGGCACUGCUUCCAACGGAGCCGCUGGAGGUAGAGGAGGGGAAGGGUCGGAAGCGGUUCCGAUGGAUUGGGCGCGUAGCGUCGAGCGUAUCGAACGUGGGAAAGAGGGUGAGGGGGCGGGUAACGCGAAUCGGGGCGAAAGAUACAACACCGGGAGAGGAGGAACACAGAUCCUGAAAACACCUGACGAAAUCCGACUGAGUAUGGUGUGUAGAUGGGACUUUCGUGUAGCGUGUAUAUGUACCUGUGCAGCAGGUAGGGCUGUUGCGUGUGGGACUGGUUUGGUACAAGAUAUGCUAGCGGUAUUUUUUUUUGUUUCCUUUUAGUGCGGGUUGUCUAGUGGCUUUGGACUGGCUCGCUGUGGGUGCCUUGUAUCCGUACACACGCGGCACACAAUGAAACGCCUUGCUUUGUCUA